CGGCUCGUCAUAUCAAUUUGUACUGUUGUACAUAUCUAAGCCAAAAAGAAUAAAAAUUAGUUAUAAUCAUAUGUGAUCAAGAGAAGGCCACGACAAGUAUAGGCCCAUUAAUGGGUCCAUAAGUACCCACUUUCAUUACAGAACAACACUUUCCUGCCGAAAAGAGAGAGAGAAAACAAAACAAAAAAUGGCUACCCGAAAAGCUCUGAUCAACGUUCACCGGAUCAUUCGCUCCACCGCCGUGGUUGGCCGGAGCUCUAUCAUUCCUGCCGCCGCUAACCGGUCAUAUCCUAUUAUAUUCCGGAAUGGAGUUGAUUUGGGGGCGAGAUUCUUCUGUGAGAACACUGCGUCUGCCCAGAAUUUCGAUAUUGAUCUCUCUAACGAAGAGAAUAAGAGAAGAACGAUCAACAGAUUGUUGUAUAGGAGCAAGCAAAGAGGGUUUUUGGAACUUGAUCUUGUUUUGGGGAAUUGGGUUGAGGAGAAUGUUAAUUCCAUGGACGAAAAUGGUGUUAAAUCCCUAAUUCAUGUCCUCAAUUUGGUAGAAUCUGAAGCUACCAAAUUACUUGUAUGGAGGAGUUGUUUAACCAGAUUGAGGUUGUUUCUGUGAUGUGAUCUAAUCUCGAAAUGAUCCAUACAAGUAAUUUGGUUGGUGAAAACUUUAUUAUGUUCAUAGUGACGUCAAAAGGUGUAAUCAGGAAUUUGUUAGAUUAUUGCAUUCAAUCUUUUUUUGUUCUAUGCAGGAAAACCCUGAUCUCUGGAAAUGGCUAACUGAACAGGAACAGCCUCCGGAAGCAGUGAGUUCAAAUCCGGUGUUCUCGGCGUUACACGAGAAAGUCAUGAAGAAUCUGAACAAGCAUGCAGCGCCAGAGACUCGUGCAGCGGCUGGACAGCCCUGGGUCAGAGGAUGGGACGAUUUCAAGAGAGGCCGUGAUGCUCCCAUUUCAGGGAAUCAGUAAACAUAAACUCCUCUUUUCAAAAAGUAUCAAAGUGAAAAUAAGUUAUGAUAUGAAAAUAGAUACCAAGUAGUAGCAACCAUUACUUUACUAUUGUAUUAAUAAAGAACCAGGCCGUGAAGAAGGUCCAUGGCGUUGAGAUAAUUACAGUGUUGUGUCUUGUUUGUUGAAGUUUCCAAGCUAAUAUUUGGUGUUACUAGAUUUUGCCUAGUUUUGGAUAAAAUGUUGUCCAAAUUUAAAGAGAUAAGAUGGUAAGAUAUCUGUCAAAAGAUAUUAUGGUUUACAUUUGUCACAGUCACCAAACCAAGAUUGAAUUUGGUCAUUUUUA